UCUCCACUAGUACUGUUUCGCAAUUGCUAGUCGGUGCUAUAAUCUACAGUAGUUACCACAGUCCUCGCAGUGACAAGGUUAGGAUGCACAAUUCCCAGUGAAUAAACCCCAGAUCCGUUGCACCGGGAACCGACGAGCGACCGAAGGAAGACGCCGUUAACGCGGUCCAACGUUAACGUUUAGUAUUCGUGAGUUGCAAUGGUCCAGUCAAGGGAUAUCUUUUUCGCUUUGCUUCUUCUGGGCUCCACAGUAUCUCUGGAGGUUCAGAUCACCCCCAGCCAGGGCGAGAUCAGCGUGGGAGAGUCCAAAUUCUUCCUGUGUGACGUCGUGGGCACCGCCACCAAAAUCGAGUGGUUUGGCCCCAGUGGGGACCGAAUCGAGCAGAACCGGCCAGACAUCACGGCCACGACCACCGAUGACAGCUCCAGCACCCUCACGCUCUACAAAGCUGGCACGCACCACGCCGGCACCUACAAGUGCGUGGCCAGGGAUGGGGAGCGGCAGGCGGAGGCCACGGUCAACGUGAAGAUCUACCAGAAAAUCACCUUCACCAACGCGCCGUCACCCCAGGAGUUCAACGAGGGCGACACCGCCAUCCUGGUGUGUGAUGUCAUCAGCACCCCGCCCCCCACGGUGUUCUGGAAGCACAAAGGCUCCCGCAUCCAGCCGGAGAAAGACGUGCGCUUCAAGGUGCUGGCCAACAACCACCUCCAGAUCCGCGGCAUCAAGAAGACUGACGAGGGCUCGUACACCUGCGAGGGCCGGCUCAUGGCCCGAGGCGAGAUCGACAUGCGCUUCAUCCAGGUCCUGGUCAACGUGCUGCCCACCAUCCGGGUGUGGCAGACGGAGGUGAACUCCACCGCUGACGUCGGUCAGACCGCCACGCUGACAUGCGCCGUCGACGGCUACCCUGAGCCCACCGUGACCUGGACACGCAACGGGGUGGUCCUGGACGCGGAGGAUAAGUACAGCUUCAACGAGGACGGCUCGGAGAUGACAAUCAUGGAGGUGGCCAAGCUGGACGAGGGGGAGUACACCUGCAUCGCCCGGAACAAGGCGGGCGAGAGCGACCAGGAGCUCAGCCUCAGGGUGUUCGUGAAGCCGCGGAUCACGUACAUCGUGAACCAGACCACCUCGGAGAUGGAGGACCAGGUGACCCUGACGUGCGAGGCGCUGGGGGACCCCACCCCCAGCAUCAACUGGAGCUACGGGGUGCAGGUCUUCAACGAGGGAGAGCAGAGCACCGACGGCACCGUGGUGGUUAGGAGCGACGCGCGGGUCUCCUCGCUCACCGUCAAGAACGUCAAGUACACAGACGCCGGCCAGUACCUCUGCAGCGCCCGCAACUCCAUCGGCGAGGACGCCCAGCCCGCCCACCUGGAGGUCCUCUAUGCGCCCAAGAUCCAGGGGGUUCUGGCCAUGUAUACAUGGGAGGGCAAUGCGGUCAACCUGAGCUGCGAGGUGCAGGCCAACCCCAGCGACGUGACUCUGGUGUGGCUGCGGGAUGGCCAGCAGCUGCCCGGCGCCAACACCAGCAACAUCAAGAUCUUCCAGAACCUUGCAGCCAGCUUCCUGGAGGUGACCCCCACCUCGGAGAACGACUACGGGAGCUACAACUGCUCCGCCUCCAACGACCUGGGCACCGAGUCCAAGGAGUUCCUGCUCAUCCAGGCCGACGUUCCCUCCGCCCCCACCCUUGGCGUGUUGGAGCCCUUCUCCAGCACGGCCCGGAUCCAGCUGAUGGAGCCCGAGGCCACCGGGGGGGUGCCGGUCCUCAGGUACAAGGCGGAGUGGAGACCCCAGGGCCAGGGGACAUGGGCCCAGCAGACCUACGAGCUCCCGGAAGGUUCUCUCAGCGAGGUGACCAUCGACAACCUGAAGCCGGAGACCAGCUACGAGGUCAAGGUGUCCGCCGUCAACGGCAAGGGGGAGGGAGAGAGCAGCCCCACGGCCCUGUUCAAAACCAAGCCUGUCCGGAAACCCAACCCCCCUAAGUUGGAGGGCUCCCCCCGGCCCAAGGGAAACUCCUUCAGGGUCAACUGGAUCAAACAGGACGACGGGGGAUCCCCCAUCCUGCACUACCUGAUCCGCUACCGGCCGAAGCAGACGUCGGAUUGGAAGCCCGAGAUGCAGCUGCCCAGCGCCAGCGAGCACGUGCUGCUGACGGGGCUGCGCUGGGACACAGAGUACGAGGUGCUGGUGGUGGCCGAGAACCAGAAGGGGAAGUCCCAGCCCGGAUCCUUCUUCUUCAGGACCGCCGCAGAGCCCUCCGCCAUUCCAGACGUGAGCGACGACUCCCUGAUGAACCUGCCCAUGGGGGUGAUUGCCGGCAUCCUGGUGGGGGUCUUCGUGCUGCUGCUGCUGGCCGUCGACAUCACCUGCUUCUUCGUCAACAAGUGCGGCCUGAUCAUGUGCCUGUGCGGCAAGCCCGGCACCGGAACCAAGGGCCAGAACCUCGAGGAGGGGACGGCCGCCUUCAUAAAGGACGAGUCGAAGGAGCCUAUAGUGGAGGUGAGAACGGAGGAUGAGUGCACAGCCAAUCACAACGCCGGGGGCCCCACGGAACCCAACGAGACCACGCCCCUCACAGAGCCCGAGUGAGUAUC